AUGAAGCAAAUCAAUUAUAAUUAUGAUGAAUCAAUGAUGUCAAUGAAAAAUGAUUCAAUAGAAAGUUUUAUAAAAAUGUAAAUUAUUAUUUAAUUGAUUUAUGUAUGCAAUCAAUAUAAAAAAACAAACAAAUUAAUUAAUAUUUCUUUUGUUAUUUAUUUGUUUGUUUGUAUGUUUCUUUUUUUGGUUGAUGAAAAUGAUAAUUUGCUUGGGUUAUGGGAAAUCGGAGUAAAAAAAAAGUUUUUAUGCGAAAAAAAAAAAAAAACAAACAAAAACUAUGAAAAUAAAUAAUUUUUGAUGCAAGUAAACUAAUAAGGAAAGAAAGAAUGA